GAGGGGAGGGGGGAGCGGAGCCGAGCGGAGACAGCCGCGGCGCUGCAGAGCGGCUGGGGCGGCGGCGCGGCUCCCGGUGCUCCCCCCGGCGCCCGCCCCGCGUCGGUGAGGGCCCGGCCUGGAGGCCCGGAGCCAUGGGCUGCAUCGGCUCCCGGACCGUGGGAAAUGAAGUGAUAGCCGUGGACUGGAAGGGCCUGAAGGAUGUGGACCAAAUCAACAUGGACAGCACCAGCUCGCUGCACGGGAGCAGCCUCCACCGGCCAUCCACUGAGCUCUCCAUGGAGGACACCACUUCCAUCCUUCCGAAGCUUAAGCGAAACUCUAACGCCUAUGGCAUUGGGGCCCUGGCCAAGUCAUCGUUCUCAGGGAUUUCGCGAAGCAUGAAGGACCAUGUGACAAAGCCCACAGCCAUGGGGCAGGGCCGGGUGGCUCACAUGAUUGAGUGGCAGGGCUGGGGGAAGGCACCAGCCAUUCAGCCGCAACACAGCCACGAGGCCGUGCGCAGGGAUACAGACGCCUACUCCGACCUCAGCGAUGGCGAGAAGGAGGCACGUUUCCUAGCAGGCGUCAUGGAACAGUUUGCUAUCUCCGAGGCCACGCUCAUGGCCUGGUCCUCCAUGGAUGGUGAGGACAUGAGUGUCAACUCCGCCCAGGAGCCAUUGGGCUGCAAUUACAGUGACAACUACCAGGAAUUGAUGGAGAGUCAGGAUGCCCUUGCUCAAGCCCCGAUGGAUGGAUGGCCUCACUCCUACGUGUCCCAGGGCAUGUACUGUCUGGGGUCAUCGGACGCCUGGGAAGCAAGCGACCAGUCCCUCAUUGCCUCUCCGGCCACAGGAUCCUAUCUCGGCCCCGCAUUUGAUGACUCACAGCCUAGCUUGCACGAAAUGGGACCUUCCCAACCUGCUUCGGGAUACGCUGCUCAGGAGCCUCCAGCCUUGCUGGGGGGAGACACUGACUGGGCUCCAGGGGUGGGCGGGGUGGACCUGGCCAGGGGCCCCGCCGAGGAGGAGAAGAGGCCAUUGGCGCCCGAGGAGGAAGAGGAUGCGGGAUGUCGGGACCUGGAGUCGCUUUCCCCACGAGAAGACCCCGAGAUGCCCACCGCUCUCAGUCGGAAGGUGUCUGACGUCACAUCCUCAGGCGUGCAGUCCUUCGAUGAGGAGGAGGGAGAGGCCAACAACUAGCUUCCUCCCACCGAAUGCCCCACCUUCCACUCCCACCUGAGGGGCACGGCUGCAACCACACCCUCCCUUCCCCCAGCAGUACGGCCGAAACCUGGGCAGAAGACUCUCACGAGCCCAGGAGUCCUGUCCAGCAAAACGGAGGGCCGGGGUGGGAUUUUAUCCAGGCUUGCACUGUAGAGACCACAGGUCCAGGAACUGAGGCCCAGGCAAGCAGAUGGCCAUGAACUUCGCUUGGCUGCGGGCUUCUGGGUCUGUGGUGGUGGCGCUCCGGCGUGUGUCCUGAGCACAGGAGCGCAGAGCGGCCCGUGGCCGGCCCCUGGAUCUCAGUUCUUUGCUCCCUGAUCUCGUCUUCCAGGAGCCUUGACUGUAGCUGCCUGAAGGCCUCCUUUGUCCACGUCACUCUUGCUUUUCCCAACUCUGUUUUCUCUGGCUGUGGCCCAAGCUCAUCCCUCCUAUGAGGAACAGACCUCAGGGGCUGUGGGACAUGGUUCGAUGGGCACAGGGGAAGCAACGUACAGACCCCGUCUCCUCAGAGUGAGGUGGCUCUGCCCUCAGAGGUAACUUGGCUUCUGAGAUCAGGAGUCACGGAGGAGGUGGACGUGGCCGCCGGGAUGCACAGGGGCACAAGGCCUGUCCAGAGACCAGGCGGUCACUGGUGAGACCGAGGACAAACAUGGCCACUUGUUCUGGGAUCUUGACUAUCCUGUGGCUGGAAGGAGGACCCUAAGGAUAUGGGAAAGGACCCCACCAGGGCUGGCGACUCCAGCUCUUGCUUCCCUUUUCUGCCUUCUUCUGUCUCCUGCUCUGGGAACCCCGGGGCCCCGAGGCGGUGGGGGGGCGAGGGGGGUGACACAGGAUGCAGGUGUCUUGGCUAGACGGGGAAGCAUGAGGCUGUGUCUCCCUCCAUCUACCCCUAAUUCUCUGGAGCUGUUUACACUUUUCUCUCUGCCUUUUCUACAUUUUUAUAACUUCUUGGGGACUCAGGGGUGAGUAGGGUGGAGGGAGGGGUCCGGUGCUGUCAGGCCCCCAGCCGGGGCAGGGUGUCUGCCAAGGAGGAGCGUGGGCUCUGGGCUCCCUUGGCCCCUCUUCACCGACUCCCAGGAGGGCCUCACAGGUGUCCCCCCACCCCCCGCCCUCCUGAGGAGAAGGAGAGGAGGAUCUGGGUAUUCUUCCUUCCAGGAUGUUUUACAAUGAGGCAUAAGCCCCUGAAACUGCUUGCCCUCUGCACCCACUCUCCAUUCUGGUGGGGACUUCUGCACAGCCCUGGAGCCCCAGCACUCCUGUAAGACGUCCUGAGGGCAGAGGACAGGGUCGAAGGGUAGAGUGAAGAGACGGCAGCACACUGCCCCUCCCCUGCUGCAGCGGUGUCCCAGAAUGAGGAGGUUGAGAGUUGGGGUGCUUCUGUCCAUCUGUGACCCUGCCUCCGUCAAGCCCACAGUGUCAUACACUUGUGCCCCUGAAACGCAACCGAGGCCAGGUCCACAUCUUCUGGGGAGGGGGAGGAUGGCUACCUGAAGUUGGUUCUUGGAGGAAACAGGACUAGGCAUGGCGAGCACAGGUAGCUGAAGUCACCUCAUCUAAAACUGUUAAAGGGUUGUGCGUGCUCACGUGGCCUCACUCAGGCCCUUGCUGCUGGCCUCGCCCUGCACUCCUGCUGCAGGUCCUUGGGGUUUUGCAUGUCACAGUUCCCUCCUCUCACGGGGUCCCCGUUUUCUUAUCUUGUGCAAAUUGCCCUCUCUAAGGCAUCAUCCUUUUCUCUUAAUCUCACCCCCCUCGUGUCCCAUAUUCCGCCCCCGGACCACAGCGGACAUCCAGUCCAGGGAGCGGGUUCACGCAGCACGGUUCCGUUUUCGCUCAGGGCUCUGUGGAGUUAGGAAAGGUCAUCUAAAGCAGUGUUCUUUCCUCCCACCUUCACUGAGGAAGCCAAACGGUCCCUGCUGGUCCCUGCCAAAAGACGACUAAAACUCAAGGGUUCUAGCAGAGUUCGGACGUGAGCGUGAGCGUGGCCCAGCAUCCCUGGGUGCUGGCAUCGCUGCUGCCCAGAGGUCGGGCGGGGUGGCGGGGGGAGGCGUCUCCACUCUGAAGAGGGAGAAAACCUGAGGAGCUGGCCUGAGACCCUCUCAGGACUCUUCUGGAGGGAGGAACUGCCUCUCUGGUGCUGGGGGGGGGCCAGGGUGCAUGGGGUUUGCUUAUAGCCUAUUUUAGGGGGAGGGGAGGGGCAUGUGCAGGAAGAGGCUGUUGGGGGAUGGGGGAGGGUUGCUUUUCCCUUGGGGUUAAAGGCUGUGCCGCACGUUUUACAGCAGUCCCAGAACGGGGCUGUUUUCAUAUCAUGGUGAAUGAAACUUCUCUUGCUAAAUGAUUUUCUUCUGGUGUUGGGGGGGGGUGCCCUUUCAUUUUGAGUUCACUUUAUUAAAGGAAAAUCCAAUUCUUCCAUCCCUCCCCCUGCCCCCGCCCCGCCCCCCCCCACCCACACCUUCCUUCUUAUCCUUGUGUCAAGGAGGGAAUCUUGGUGAAUGAGUUUAUUACCUCUUCUCACCCCCACCUGUACAUCCCAUACUCCGUCUUCCAGGUCUAGGGAAUAUCCAUUUUUAUGGCCAGUCUUAGCAUGUUUUCUUAAUGUGACAUUUCCACCCCAAGCCCAAGAGAGAUUCUAUGACAUAUAUUACAGAGAGAAUUCUAUAUAAAUAUAUAUAUAAAUAUUAUAGAUUAUAUACACAUGGGCUUGGGCUCGAAGGCCCACUGCCAGCCCCCCUCCCCAGGCUACAGCCUCUCUCUCUUGGCCUGGGGAGGCGGAAGGGCUGUAUCGCUGGAGAGGGCUCCGGGCUGUGUUCAAUGGCACUAAACGACGUGGUGGCA